AUGGCUGCUUCGAAGCCAGUCGAGCCGCAGUCUGGGACUGGACUACCCCGGUGGCAGCUGGCCCUGUUAGUGGGGGCUCCCAUAGUACUCGGAGUCGGGGCGGUCUACCUAUGGAACCGCAGCAGGACGAAGGAAAAGAAGGGGACCGGGGAGCGGAAAACACCUGAAGGCAGCGCCAGCCCCGUGCAGGGCCAGGAAGGCGAAUCUCGAUCCGGCCGAGAGCAGGAGAACAUGAGUCCUUUGGAUCGGGCCCAAGCAUCUAAGAACAAAGGCAACAAGUACUUCAAAGCUGGAAAGUAUGAAAACGCCAUACAGUGCUACACAGAGGCCAUUGCUCUGUGCCCCACAGAGCAGAAGUCGGAUUUGUCAACGUUUUACCAGAACAGAGCUGCAGCCUACGAACAGCAGAUGAAGUGGACAGAGGUGGUACAGGACUGCAGUAAGGCUGUUGAGCUGAAUCCACGCUAUGUGAAGGCUCUGUUCAGGAGGGCUAAAGCUCUGGAGAGACUAGAAAACAGGAAGGAGUGUCUAGAGGAUGUCACAGCGGUGUGUAUUCUCGAGGCCUUCCAGAACCAACAGAGCAUGCUGCUAGCAGACAAGGUGCUAAAGCAGCUCGGGAAAGAGAAGGCCAAAGAGAAGUACAAGAACCGUGAGCCAAUGAUGCCUUCGCCUCAGUUCAUCAAGUCGUACUUUAGCUCCUUCACUGAUGACAUAAUCUCCCAGCCCCUGCAGAAGGGGGAGAAGAAAGACGAAGACAAGGAUAAGGAGGGCGAGGCAGCAGAGGUCUCAGAGAGCUCUGGGUACCUGAAGGCAAAACAGUACAUGGAGGAGGAAAAUUAUGACAAAAUCAUCAGUGAAUGCACCAAGGAGAUCGAGUCAGGAGGAAGAUACACCGCUGAGGCGCUGCUGCUGCGCGCCACCUUCUACCUUCUGAUUGGAAACUCUACUGCUGCUCAGCCUGACUUGGAUCGGGUCAUCAACAUGCAGGACGCCAACGUGAAGCUGAGGGCCAAUGCGCUGAUCAAGCGUGGCAGCAUGUACAUGCAGCAGCAGCAGCCAAUGCUCUCUACACAGGAUUUCAACAUGGCCGCAGAGAUCGACACGCGGAACCCUGAUGUGUAUCAUCACAGGGGGCAGCUGAAGAUCCUGCUGGACCAGGUGGAUGAGGCAGUGGUAGACUUUGAUCAGUGCAUCCUGCUCAGGCCUGACUCUGCUCUGGCGCAGGCACAGAAGUGCUUUGCCCUUUACAGACAAGCAUAUACUGGAAGUAAUAUUUCACAAAUACAGACAGCCAUGGAUGGCUUUGAAGAUGUUAUCCGGAGGUUUCCAAAAUGUGCCGAGGGCUACGCUCUCUACGCUCAGGCUUUGACUGAUCAGCAGCAAUUUGGAAAAGCCGAUGAAAUGUACGACAAGUGUAUUGAACUGGAACCAGACAAUGCUACAACAUAUGUCCACAAGGGUUUGUUGCAGCUUCAGUGGAAACAGGAUCUCGACUUGGGUCUCGACCUCAUCAGUAAGGCAAUUGAGAUCGACAACAAAUGUGAUUUUGCCUAUGAAACCAUGGGAACCAUCGAAGUUCAAAGGGGCAAUCUUGACAAGGCGAUCGAGAUGUUCAACAAAGCAAUUAACCUAGCGAAGUCAGAGAUGGAGAUGGCCCACUUAUACUCGUUAUGUGAUGCCGCCUACGCCCAGACAGAAGUGGCGAGGAAGUACGGGCUGAAACCUCCGACUCUGUAACCGUUUUGCCAACGGAUCGCCAAUCUCAGUCUUCAAUGCUGAAUCUAACUGUGUUAAAAGUGCAACUGUCUGACUUUGAUUUGUUAAAAAAUAAAUACUGGAUGAUAUGGGGGGAAUUUGAAAAAAAGGAAGAACCCUGAAUAUAUACUGUGUUUACGUCACAUUGAAGGGGAUUGUUUUCAUGGAAACCAGAUUUGUACUCGAGUCAAACUGAGGCUAUGAUCCUGGUCUCUGGUAGACUCGGUGGUUUAUCAGGAUGUGGGGUGGGGGGUGUGGAAUUUAACCAACGCCGCCCUUUAUGCUGACACUUAAUUCCACAGUGGCGUCAUUGUCAAACCUUUGAUUUUUAUGGCUCAGAAUGAAAAUAAAGGUCAUUUAUGGAGGGAAAGUACAUGAGUGAGAUGUAUACGUGUCAGAAGAUGUAGAGAGAAUUGAAAUGUUCAGUCUGUUGAACCUGCAGGGGUUCGGAGACCCUUUUAAAUCUACAGACAAUACUGUGAGCGCUUUAUAGUUCCAAUGGACAGUUCACUUGUUAAUUUAUGCUGAUCUAAAGUGUUUUUGUCCACCUACUCCCAUAUUGUAACAUACAGUAUCAGUUCUGAAUGCAAGAUUAAAAUUAUAGUCAAAUGUACAAUGUCUGUAUUGAAAUGCUGGAGUUGAUCCCAGGAUACAAGCCUACAGAGUUUAGGCACAGUUUUUUUUCUUUCGUUUUAAAUGGUGGGAUUGCCUGUUUCCUUUUUUAUAUACUUCGUGCAGCAUGUUCACUUUAUAAAUUAAUGUAAAUGCAAUGCUCGUGCUGUCUUGAACACUAGGAAAACCCUUUUUCAGGCUUUUGGUUUUUUUGCAAAACACUGAUUAGACAAACUUAGCCAACUUUGUUUUUAAUUUUUCUUUUUUUUAAAUGAUCUAUUUGGCGUUGCCUCUUGUGUCAGAAGGGUAUUUAGUGGUUUUUCCCCCAGCUCAUGUUAAUUGGGAAACCUGAUUCUUUUUAUAGUUUGUGAUUAUUUUUUUUCUUCAUGCUACAUUUCCUUUUACUUUUGACCGAAUACUUAACAUAGUGGUUUAAUUCUAAUUUGCUUUUUUCAUCUCUCCUUUUCAAACAACCCGAGCCUUAUUGUCUCCAGCCUAUGCAGCUCUGAGAAUUUCGGUAUGGUGUGUGGUUUGGUUCUCAAGUAGCAUCUGUGCACCACUGAUGAUUGUACGUCUGGGGCAUUUUUAAAAAAAAUGCAACGAAAAGCUCCCGUUCUCUGUGACAUUCAUUAGUCUCACCCCCAGUAAACUAUCACUGCGUGUGUGGUGAUGCCAAGGAACCAAAUCAUGCAUUUUGAGCUGCAGCUGGUGAGACUGACUCCAACUAAAACCAUAUUUACUUAACCUUCAGAACAUGGAUGUGAACUAGAUUUUGGCUGUUUGAUAUCAGAUACACUGACAUUCUGCAUCUACCAUACGUGUGGUGACCAAAGUGAAAGAAUGAGUCCUAAUAAAGUUACAAUUCUUGGAA